CUUUGAUUUCAUAUAUUGUACCUCCCAUCUCAAGCAAGCUAGGAAUUCUUAAGGAAAGAUUCGAUUUUCCUAAAAAUCGAGACGAAGUCAAUCCAUUAUGAAUAUCCUGAAUCUUUCUCUGUUUUUCUACAUUUCGGCUGCAGUCGCUUUCCAGGAUACUUUUCCAUUAUUCGCAUUUUCGUCAUCUUCAUCUGUAAUUGAUGCUAAAGAAGGUCCUGUCUUAACCUCCUAUCUCAAAUUCAACAAUAAGGCAGAACAGCUCCUGUCAAAUUGCGAUGCUACUACGGUUUUCAUUUACCAACCUGGUCUUCAGGCAGAAGACUUUCAUUCUUCUGCUUUAUCUCAUAUGAAGCGUAUUUCUUUGGACGCUGUCUCUCAAUAUAUCUUACCUUAUUCCAAGGAGCGUUUGCAACCUGAUCGACUUAUUCACGAUGCGAAAAGCUCUUGCUCUUCGAAAUUAGUAAACAUUGACCCUACUCAUGAGUCAUUUCCCACUUUACAAAGAAACCAAAUCAGUGUGGUCUCCAUGAAGGAUUUGUCUUUAGAUGCUAAAUCACGCGAACAAGAGUUAUUUGAAUUGGAUCAAGUUAUUUACUCGCUUCACUCUACUAUAUCUGAUGAUACUGACUUCAACUUUUUCCUCACUUCUUCUCCAAAGCUUGCAAACAUGCAGUUGUUGGAAGAUGACAAAACUAAACAAAAGGAAGACCAAGAAGAAGGAGAAGAAGGACCUUCGACUAUAGACUCAAACUAUUUUUUAAGUAUGAAUCGCCUUCGCCAUGCACAACCAAUCUCCCUUCCCGUGGAAAGCAUGAAUGUUCGCGGCAAUUCUCUAGUUCGUAACCAACAAGAACAGAAUGUAACUAGUACUGAAGGCAGUUUAUUUGAUCGCUAUCAAUUUUUUACCCCAGGAAUUUUUAUGGGAUAUCUAGCUCUAGCAGUUUUGGUGCCUACUCUGAUCAUUUCUUGCAAGUUGCUCUCAUCCAUUCAGAUCAGCUACCAUGCGUUCAGCAGCCCUCGUAAAAAGAAUUUAUCUGAAAAGUAAUAACUUGUUUUGCUUAAUUUUGCAAAGUGCAACGGAUACUGUGUUGGUUUAUGUAAAGCAACAAAAAGUGCCGCUUAAAAGAUAAUGUAGAAAGAAUGGGUCCUUGGGUCCUAAACUAAUUCUUGUGAGAUGAUUUUUCUGUUAAUAGGAUAAAGUGGGUUCAAACUGAACAGUCGAGAAAUAUCAUUUGGCAGCUUUGCUUCUAUAAAAAGAAAACCCCAAUAUGAAAUCGGGCAAGGAAAUGACUGACUGUUUUGUUCCUUCUAAUUCUUCGAUGAAACAGUAUGUUGAUUGAAUUGUGAAUCACUCUGACUAUUGUUAAUUUAGAAAGACGCGAACCAUUACAAUUGAAAAGCCCCCUAUGCGAUUACAAUUUGGUUCCUUGAUUUUUUCACUAGAGAUUAUAUUUUAUGAAUAGUUUUUGACAACGUUAUUUGAAUCAAGUACAUGUUGAAUGAGUUAGAAAGAGAAUCAGAUGUUGGUUUUUUACAGCUAAUUUGUUUCAUAUUAAUUAAAUAAAUAAUAUCAACUUUAUAAUGCUUCA